UUGUGGUAACUGACCGUACAAAUUUGCCACACUCGAACGCGAUUUUCUAACCCACCAGCCCAAUUGGUGGCGGUAGAACGGAUGUUACCGAUUUCCAAUGAAGAAGACAAUUGCAUCACUUGUGAAAGUCAUGCUCUCUACAUCCACAGUUCUUGGUUGACUGAGACUGUUGACUACGCUGUGAUAGACAUUCAGUUAAAACUUCAACGGUGACAUUAAGUGCUGCUCUGACAAUGGCUUCGUUCCUACCUGAAGAGGAUCUCACAUGCACUGUGUGCUGUGAUAUAUUUGAAGAUCCAGUGGUCCUGUCGUGUAGUCACAGUGUAUGUGAAGACUGCCUGAAAAAUUACUGGAGUACAAAACAAUUCCAGGAGUGUCCGCUUUGCAGGAGGAGGUCUUCGAGAGACAACCCUCCCGUGUGCAUUGCCUUGAAGAACCUGUGUGAGGCCUACACGAAGGAGAAGAAUCUGUCCGGAGAGUUAUGUCCCUCUCACAAAGAGAGAUUCAAACUCUUCUGUAAAGAGGACAAGGAGCUGCUGUGUGUGGUGUGUCGCGACUCCAGAGAGCACAAGACUCACGACUGCAGCCCAAUAGAUGAAGCUGCUGCUGAUCUUAAGGAGGAAGUCAAGGAGGCAUUGGAACCCCUUACGGACAAGCUGAAUGAAUUUAAAAAUACUGAACGCAUUUAUCAGGAUAUGGCAGAGCACAUCAAAAAACAAGCUGAAAAAGCGGAGUCUCGGAUUAAGGAGGAGUUUGAGAAACUUCACCAGUUCUUACGAGAUGAAGAGGAAGCUCGUUUAGAUGUGCUGAAGGAAGAGGAGGAGGAGAAGAGCCAGUUGAUGAAGGAGAAGAUUGAUGACAUCAGCAAGAAGAUUUCAUCUCUUUCAGGCAGAAUCAAGGACAUAGAGGAGGAGCUGAAAGCAAACGCAGUUGCCUUCCUCUUAGACUUUGAGGACACCAUGGAAAGAGCCCAGCGCGAGAUGAAGGAGCCAGAGGCCGUUCCAGGAGGCCUGAUUGAUGUGGCACAGCACCUGGGCAACCUCAACUUCAAGGUCUGGCUUAAGAUGCGGGACAUCAGUUCCUACUUGUGUGUAAACCGUUUCUGUGCAGGUCCUGUGAUAUUUGACCCCAACACUGCCGGCGACUUACUGAUCCUGUCUGAUGACCUGACCACGGUGAAAGACAGUUAUGGGAGACAGAAUCUUCCGAGUAACCCCGAGAGAUACGGCAAUUGCGUCUUGGGCUCUGAGGGCUUCGACUCUGGGACCUACAGCUGGGACGUCCAGGUUGGAAAGCAUAAAUACUGGGACAUAGGCGUGACCACAAUGCCCAAACCGAACGAUACUUGGAGCACAGUCUGGAGUUUAAGGUCUCGCACCGAGUUUUGGUCGGACACUGUGACCCACUCUGUACAAUGCUUAGGAAUAAACUCCCCCUUGUCUCUGAGCGAACCACCUGAGAUCAUCAGAGUUGACCUGGACUUUGCCCAAGGCAAGCUGACCUUCUCUGAUGCCGUUAGCGAGACUAAGCUACACACUGUCAAACACAAUUUCACUGAGAAAUUAUUUCCAUUCUUUCAGACAUACUACCAAGCGAACGCCUUGAAGAUCCUGCCAGUGACCCCCACUGUAGUGGUGGACAAUGACUGUGACCUUUGGAUACAAUUUUAGCCGGAACACACUAAGUUUGCACCAUAUACUGCCUGCGCAAUGCUUCGGUAGCUGUAACUAACAGCCAUAGGCAUAUGGUGUAUAUUGGAUGUAUGGCUACCACGUGUCGCUGCUAUGGCAUUUCUUGAAGACGUUAUUACACUUGCUUGGGGAUUUCAUAGAAGCGGCUUAUUUCACGUCUCUUUGAGAGUGUCAGAUCAUUAUGUGUAUCUGAUUGGCUGUAAAGUAAUCUCUGAGUUUAGCAAUGUAAUCAUUCCUGAAACUGAUCUGAGGAAUGCUAUUCCUUGAAGUGAUGUAUAUAGGUCAUUAAAAUAUAAUAUGAUAAAUCUCAACUGAAGGAGAACAGUCUAUGAGUACUCUGUACUAUAGGCAAACCGUAUACUGAUCAACAGUAAUAGCAUUCAGUCCUCAGAACAUAUGUUUACUGACUUGAGGCCUUGUUUACAGAUUUGGUUUGGAACUACCUGCCAAAUUGGUCCAGUUUUGGAUUUAUUUGUUUCAAAUAAAGUUGUUCCCCUUCCUUUCAAUGUACAGAGAAUCCAUGCAAUGCUUGUUUUAUAUUUUAAAUACAGUGUAUUGCACUACUGAAUGAUAUAGUAAGAAGGGGAAUAUGGAUAUUGACCUUUUUAAAAUAGUGAGUCUGUAGAGCAUAUGACAGAAGGAAAUGCUGUUACAUGAAGCACCCCAAACAAGAGAAUAUGCAUUAGAAGAGCUCUGUUAGAGGUUAUCAGAAAGCUAACUACCAUAACACUAGAAAUGAAGAGGAACCACGUAGUCUGCUGUUAUCACACUGGGUAAAGUCCAUAGGGUGUAAAAGUCUCCGGCUUUCCGCUGUUUGUUUCUAGGAGGAGUGUUGACUGGAGACUUGUACGUUUUUCCUUUUCACUACUUAAAUUAAAGACAUAUUAUGUGUAAUAUUUGAUAUGCAAAUAUGAGUAUUAUUAAAUGGCAAAUAACAAUAUCAAAUAACUUUCAGCAAUGGCUAAGUGGCUAUAAUGUAGUCCUGUAGUAGGGGAUGUUGUCAAACUUGAAAAUAAACUAUUUAUUUAAACUAUUAUCACUACUAACUAGACUCCACGUAAUUACAGUUGUUGGCCAACAUGGACAGGAUCCCUUCGACGCCUCUGUCUGUUUACCUCAGUAAAUGUAAAGAAACUGUAUAAGAUGUGUUUUAGUCAGUGACCUUAACUGUACCGUAACUGACAUCCCCCGCUGGAUAGCCACAUUAUCAAAAGGGCUAGAUUAUAUAUAAUCAAUUGAAGACCACUUAUUACUGAACAAACUCUGCUGCUAAUGCUAUGAUAUGAAAGACCUGAAAUGAGACCCAGUUAGUCAGUUAGACUAUUUCCUUGUGUUACACAGGUCGGUGUCCAGUUACACGCUAAAGGUGACAUUACCUACACUCAGCUCUGACAAUGGCUUCAUUCCUAUCUGAAGAGGAUGUUAUGUGCUCUCUAUGCCAUGAUAUAUUUAAGAAUCCAGUGGUCCUGUCAUGUAGUCACAGUGUAUGUAUGGACUGCUUGAAAAAUUACUGGAGUACUAACAAAUCCCAGGAGUGCCCGCUUUGCAGGAGGAGGUCAUCGAGAGACAAUCCUCCUGUCUCCAUCAUCUUGAAGGACCUGUGUGAGGCCUACACGAAGGAGAAGAAUCUGUCCGGAGAGUUAUGCCCCUCUCACAAAGAGAGAUUCAAACUCUUCUGUAAAGAUGACAAGGAGCUGCUGUGUGUGGUGUGUCGCGACUCCAGAGAGCACAAGACGCACGACUGCAGCCCAAUAGAUGAAGCUGCUGCUGAUCUUAAGGGCAAGUUGCGGGACUUUAAAAUAAGAGAACAGUCCUGUUGCAGUCGGGUAGAGUACAUCAAAAGCCCAGUGUGAGAUGAAGGAGCCAGAGGCCGUUCCAGAAGCCCUGAUUGAUGUGGCACAGCACCUGGGCAACCUGAACUUCAGGGUCUGGCUAACGAUGCGGGACAUCAGUCACUAUAGUCCUGUGAUUUUAGACCCCAACACUGCAGGUAGAUUACUUGAUAUAUCGAAUGACCUGACCACGGUGAAACACAAUUAUGGAAGCCAGAAUCUUCUAGAUAAGAGGUUUGACUCCUCUUUGGCUCUGAGGGCUUCGACUCUGGGACGUACAGUACAGCUGGGACAUCCAGGUUGGGAAGCAUAAAUACUGGGACAUAGGCGUGACCACAGCACCCAGCCAGACUGCCAGAAUCUUUCUGGAACACAGUCUGGUGUAUAAGGUCUCGUAGUGACUGGAGGGAGCACAACAUUGAACACUAUAUAUUAGCAGAAACAACCUCUUCACUCUCCUUUAGUAAACCUCCUUGCUCUCAGGCUUGGUUUGGAAUUUUCAGAUAAAGUUGUUUCUCUGUUGGAUUGAGGGGUAGAGAAAAAAACACCACACAAUGAUUCACUUCAAUGAAAGUUUAUUUUAUAUUAAAUAUAUUACAAUACUGAAUGAUAUUGUAAGAAAAGAAAA